GCAGGCGCGGAAGUGCUUCGUGUUUUGCCCUGGAAGGGGCCCAUGUGGAUAAGUUACACACUGCCAAAUAGAGCAAGGAACUGCGAAAAUGGGCAAAAAAACAAAAAAAGACAAAAAAGUGAAAGGAGCGGAGAAGACCGCUGCCAAAAUGGAGAAGAAAGUUUCUAAAAGGUCCAAGAGGGAAGAGGAGGAUUUAGAAGCACUGAUCGCCGAGUUUCAGUCUUUGGACGCAAAGAAGACCCAGGUGGUGGAAACCGUGUGCACGCCCCCUUCCGCUAGGCUGAACGCCACGCUCUCAGCCCACCCGGAGAAGGACGAGCUGAUCCUGUUCGGAGGAGAAUACUUUAACGGCAAAAAGACGUACCUGUACAACGACCUGUUCUUCUACAAUAUCAAGAAGAACACCUGGGUGAAGUCAGACAUCCCCAACCCUCCUCCACGCCGCUGCGCCCACCAGGCGGUAGUGGUUCCUCAGGGGGGAGGUCAGCUGUGGGUGUUCGGAGGGGAGUUUGCCUCACCUGAUGGCGAGCAGUUCUACCACUACAAAGACCUGUGGGUUCUCCACCUCAGCACUCUCACCUGGGAACAGAUCAGGGUAUCUGGCGCCCCCUCUGGUCGUAGCGGGCAUCGCAUGGUCCUGUGCAAGAGACAGCUGCUGAUUUUCGGAGGGUUUCAUGAGAGUGCUAGGGAUUAUAUCUACUACAACGACAUCCACGCCUUCAACCUGGACACGUUCACCUGGAGUCGUCUGACGCCCUCCGGUUCUGGCCCCAGCCCCCGCUCAGCCUGCCAGAUGACGCCGGUACCCGACGGCAGUGGCGUCCUCAUAUACGGAGGGUACUCCAAAUUGAAAGCAAAGAAGGAUGUGGACAAAGGCACAAUCCAUUCUGACAUGCAUUUACUGAAACGAGAAGGCAAAGAUGAACUGAUGAAGUGGACGUGGUCACGUGUGACCCCCUCGGGGGUGAAGCCCGCCCCUCGCUCUGGCUUUUCGCUGGCGGUGGGGCCCGGGGGGCGCGCGCUGCUCUUCGGCGGGGUGUGUGAUGAGGAGGACGAGGAGACUCUGGAGGGAGACUUCUUCAACGACCUCUACCUCUACGACACAAACAAGAACCGCUGGUUCCCCGCCCAGCUGAAGGGUCACAGGUCAGAUAAGAAGAAGCGGCGACGCGGUGCCAAAGGGGAGGGGGGUGCGGAAGGGGCGGGGCCAGGGGAGGGGGCCCCGGGGCCGGAGGAGGGCCCGGUGGAGAUUGUGAAGGAGAUCGUCACCGAGGACGGGACGGUGAUGACCAUCAAAGAAGUGAUCCCGUCAUCGACGAAGGUGGAGGAGAGCGAGGAGGAGGAGGAUGAGGAGGAGGAGGAGGAGGAAGAGGGAGGGGCUGCGGCAGCGCUGGUGGAGCCCUGCCCCCGAUCCAAUGCCAUGGCGACGGUGAGGAACGGGAAGCUGUUCCUCUACGGGGGGAUGUUCGAGGUGGGCGAUCGGCAGGUCACGCUCAACGACCUGUACGCACUCGACCUGCACAAGAUGGACGUGUGGGAGGUGCUGGUGGAGAUGGACCCAAAGGCGCAGGAGUGGCUGGAGGAGUCUGAAUCCGAGGAAGACGAGGAAGAGGAGGAUGAGAAGGCGGCCGCGGAAGGCGACGGGGAAGACGAGGGAUCUGGGGAAGACAGCGACGAUACCGAAGAUGAGGCUGAACACCCCCCGGUGAAGCCAGGCGAGGAUCUGGCGGCCUUUCAGAGCCGGACUGAGCAGUACUGGGUCGGACUGGCUCGGGCCAACAUGGGCCCAGAUGCCAAGGAGAAGAAAGUGGCCAAAGUGGGCCUAGCCAUGGCCAAAGUGUUCUACGAGGAGCAGGCGUGAGGCUGCCCUGUCCCAGCACCAGGAGAUGGGGAGUGUGUGUGUGUGUGUGUGUGUGUGUGUGUGUGUGUGUGUGUGUGUGUGUGUGUGUGUGUGUGUGUGUGUGUGAGAGAGAGAGAGAGAGAUAGAUGUGUGUGCAUGUGUGUGAGAGUGUGUAUGUAUGUAUGUGUGGGUGUGCGUGUGUGGGUGUGUGCGUGUGCGUGUGUGUUUUUGUGUGUUUUUUACAUUACAUUACAUUACUUUACAUUAUGUGUGUGUGUGUGCGAGAGUGUGUGUGUGCGUGUGCGUGCGUGUGCGUGUGCGAGAGUCUCUGAAGACUCUCCUGCAUGGCGGCAGAGGAGAAGACAUUAUCGGUGGUGGACUGAUGAGCAGAAGAUAUUUUGGAUGUUUGGACAUACACUGCAGGUGAUGGACAAGGACAGUGAUGCAUCUCCCUUUUUCACCCCUGUGCUUUAUUAAACAUCUUCUUUAAAUUA